AUGCAAAAUUCAAUUCAAAAUAUUUUUUUAAACAAAGCAUUACCUGUUCGUGAAAGAGCUAUUGACUACACCUUAAAAAGGGCAGAGAAUAUUUUAAAAACUUCUUCAGAUGUUGAUAAACUUCGAGAGAGCACUCAACAACGGCUAAUGGAUUUGUUUAGACAAAUUAAUGAUAUUAAAGCAAUUAUUCUUAAAAGGCAGCAUCAAUAUCGAUUAUUGGAUGAAAAAAUACAAAAGAUUGCCCAAAUUCUUCAACCAAUUAUGUUCACAACUUCAGAAGAUGAAAUUGAAGCUUUAGAUAAAUUACAAUUUAUACAAAAAAGAAUAUUUCAAUGUCGACGCUGUAUACAAACGCUUAAUUCUCGAAUUAACGAGUCUCGACAAAAUUUAUUUGGAUUUGCUAAUAAAGAAGCAACAACAGCAACAACUUCUUUUAAUUCUGAAUUAAUUCCUGCACAAAUAUUUAUUCUUUCUAAAAAUGAGCGCCAAUGCAACAAAUUACGUGAACAAAUUAUGUUUUUAGAAAAUAAAAUUGGUUAA